UUCUUAUUCAUUCAUCCUAAUUAAGACGGCGAUCCCAGGCUUUGUGUUUUUCUUUCAUUUUCUCUCGAAUUCGCGCUGUUGUUUUAAAAGUCCCUCGGGGAGGUUCCAGCCCUAAGCCAAGCCGAAGGAAGAAGAACCGAGCCACAGUACUACAGCUGCGAAGCUCGGGAGGAACGCCAUGGAAGAAGAGUCUCCGGCGCCACCGCCUUCUACUGUGCCGAGAAAGAGGGGCAGACCUAGGAAAGAGAGGCCCAAGGACGAGGGAGAAAGAGAUGAAACAGCCGCAGACAAGUUGAGAGACGCCAGAAAGCCCCAGCAGCAGCAACAUUCCGACAAGUAUAGCAACUGGAAAUCUCUCGUCCCCAUCCUCUACGACUGGCUUUCUAGCCACAACCUUCUCUGGCCAUCUCUCUCCUGCCGCUGGGGUCCACUACUCGAGCAAGGGAAGAUCAAGAAUCGUCAACGUCUCUACCUCUCUGAGCAGACUGAUGGCAGUGUGCCAAAUACUCUGGUCAUAGCAAAUUGUGAUGUUGUCAAGUCUAGGGUUGCAGCUGCAGAGCACAUAGUACAGUUCAGUGAAGAAACACGCUCGCCAUUUGUGAGGAAGUAUAAAACUAUCAUACAUCCUGGAGAGGUAAACAGAAUUAGGGAACUUCCACAGAACAAUAACAUAGUGGCAACCCAUUCUGAUUGCCCUGAAGUUCUAAUUUGGGAUGUUGAAGCUCAACCUAACCGUCAGGCUGUCCUAGGUGCAGCUGAUUCUCGUCCAGAUUUGGUGUUGACUGGACAUCAGGAAAAUGCAGAAUAUGCUCUUUCUAUGUGCCCUGCAGAGCCUUUAGUUCUCUCUGGAGGGAAGGACAAGUUUGUUCUCUUGUGGAGUAUCCAAGAUCAUAUAUCAACAUUGACCUCAGAUGCAGCCACUGUGCCUACAGGAUCUGUUGGAUCAAACAUUAAAAGUACUGAUAAUCCUUCUGUUGGGCCACGUGGGAUCUUCCAGGGGCAUGAGGACACAGUUGAAGAUGUGCAGUUCUGCCCAUCAAGUGCACAGGAGUUCUGUAGUGUUGGUGAUGAUUCUUGCCUAAUAUUGUGGGAUGCACGAGUUGGCUCUAACCCAGUAUUUAAGGUUGAAAAGGCUCACGAUGCUGAUCUUCACUGUGUUGAUUGGAAUCCUCACGAUGAAAACUUUAUUCUAACUGGAUCUGCAGAUCACUCUGUUUGCUUGUUUGAUCGUCGAAAUCUAACAUCUGGUGGAGUAGGUUCACCAAUCCACAAGUUUGAAGGCCACAAGGCUGCUGUUCUCUGUGUGCAGUGGUCACCGCAUAAGUCAUCUGUCUUUGGGAGUUCUGCAGAGGAUGGUUUCUUAAAUAUUUGGGACUAUGAGAAGGUUGGUGAAAAGAACGAAUCAAGUACUUCUCCAGGAUUGUUUUUCCAACACGCCGGGCAUAGGGACAAGGUGGUUGACUUCCACUGGAAUGCAGCUGAUCCAUGGACAGUUGCAAGUGUAUCUGAUAACUGUGAUACGUCUGGCGGAGGUGGAACCCUACAGAUAUGGCGCAUGAGCGACUUGAUUUAUAGGCCAAAAGAGGAGGUGCUGGCAGAACUAGAGAAGUUCAAAGAGCAUGUGAUUGAAUGUACUUCAAAGUCUUGAGAGUGUACCAUCUACCCCGAAUUCUAGGACUCUGGAGAAUGUACUUCAAAGUCUUGAGAUUGUACCAUCUACCCCGAAUUGUAGGACUGGAGAACUCAACUCGUGUUUCUAUGAACUAGCUCUAGCAUUUUCUUUUGCAUAUUUUGUUAGGACAAAUGGUUGAUAUGAUUAGAUUUUCAAAAUAGUUGAUUUGGUUGA